AUGAGCCUGAGGGCCACUGCGCCCUGCUGGUUCCCGCCAGGGUAUCCAGAAUCUCAGAAGAGGGCCGAACGGGUGGUCCGCUCCGCCGUGGCGUUCCUGCCGCCUUGCUACCAUCCUGCCUGGGGCGGCUUGAUCUGGGUGCCUCAGAUGUGCACCCAGGCCCCCAAAUUUGUCGUCAUCCAUGCCGAGCCCCCGAGGAGAGGCCCGGCGUUGUCCCGGGCCUGGCCCGGGACACCUCAGAACGGGUGGUUCUGGCCGGCCCCACAGGCGCACAUGGAACCAUUCCGCUGGCUACAAGCUGCCCCACGGCCGCCUGAGGAGCCUUACUCGGUCUACAUCUCAGCCCCCGGUGAGAAGAGGAGGACUGCCUAUGUCGCCAAGCCCGGCUCGUCCGCAGUGCCCAUAGGUGCCAAGAGGCCCCUAGCGGCCAGCAGCAGCCUGCCCGUCCACGUCCCCGAGCCCGGCAGCCGGCCACCCAAGGCGCGCACGUGGUCGGGGAUGGUGCCCAAGACCACCAGCACCAUCCCGUCCAAGCGGAUCGCUUCCAGCCCCGCCUCCCAGGGUUUCAACAAACCCAUCGUCUCCAAAGAGUGUGAGGGCAAAGUCCCCUCUGUGGUCCGCCAACGUUACCUCAGCUUGUUUAUCGAGGAAUGUCUCAAGUUCUGCUCUUCCAAUCAGGAGGCCACAGAGAAAGCGCUGAAUGAGGAGAAGGUGGCCUACGACUGCAGCCCCAGCAAAAGAAUCUACGUGGACGUCGCCGCGAGCACCCUCCGGAGGCUCAGGGGCCUAGUGCCCAGCGCCGCGCCAAGUGCCAACAGCGCCACCCUGUACAGGCGCCUCGGCCGCUACCUGCUCACCGAAGACCAGCUCAAGGAGAACGGCUACCCCUUCCCGCACCCUGAGCGGCCAGGGGGAGCCAUCCUCUUCAAAGGCCAGGAGAAGCUGCCCAAAGACGCCUCCUGCAGAAUCUGCUGCCGCUGUGGCACCAAGUACCCGGUGUUGCCUUCGGGCCUCAGUGCUGGCGACCAGGAAUGUCGCUACCACUGGGGGCGGCUUCGGCCGGCAGAGGCGGCUGGCGGCUGGGAGACCAGGUACAUAUGCUGCGCGGAGGCUUUGGGCUCUGCCGGCUGCCAGGUCGCCAAGCGGCAUGUCCAAGACGGCCGGAAGGAAAACCUCCAAGGGUUUGUGACAACGCCCGAGAGGGCGCGGUCUCACCCCGCCCAGCCGGGCGUCUACGCCCUUGACUGCGAGAUGUCUUACACAACGCUGGGGCUGGAGCUGACGCGGGUCACGGUGGUGGACCCCGAAAUGCGAGUGGUGUACGACACCUUCGUCAAGCCCGAUAACGAGAUCGUGGACUAUAACACCAAGUUUUCCGGGGUGACCGAGGCCGACCUCGCCCACACCAACGUCACACUGCGCGACGUCCAGGCCGUCCUGCUGAGCCUGUUCAGCGCCGACACCAUCCUCAUCGGGCACAGCCUGGAGAGCGACCUGUUGACCCUGAAGGUCAUCCACUGCACGGUGGUGGACACAUCUGUGCUCUUCCCUCAUCACCUGGGCCUCCCGUUCAAGCGCUCGCUGCGGAAUCUCAUGGCCGACUACCUCCACAAGGUCAUCCAGGAUGACGUGCGUGGCCACAACUCCCAGGAGGACGCCAGUUCCUGCAUGAGUCUGGUGUUGUGGAAGAUCGAGGAAGACACCAAGGCCAGCAACGAGUCCGGCCCGACACCUGCUCGCCUCUCCUGA